AUGUGGCUCUUCCGGAUCCUCUCCUCCGCCUUCUUCCUGUUCGUGACCGUUUCUUCUAUCCCUUUAGCCUUCGAUGUAGGUGGGAAGACUUGCGGUCUGGCCUUCUCUCUAUCCCUAGCGACCUUCUAUUGUCUAUUUUCCCUCCUGAAACUCACUACACCGGAUCGCUCGUGGCUGCGUGCUUCCCUUAUCGCUGUGAUCCGAUCAACCCAAUGGAUCAUCAUUCCGGUCCUGUUGAUUUGGUCCCUGAAUCGCUUCUCGAUCGAUGCCGAUAACACAACAGGAUGGGUAGAACGGACUUUUACGGGAAAGCGGACGCAGAACACCUCUAUCCAAGAAUGGCUCUUCGGACCCGAUGGGUUGAUUGAGUCGGUGACUAUAGGGAAUUGGGAUAAACUCUUGCGAUGGUCGACACCAGUUUUCCAGCUGGUGGAAGGGUUUUGCAGCUUAUUGGUGAUACAGGCUGCAGGGCAGAUCACUCGUUGGCUUGUCAACCGCGGUGGACGAAGCGAUAGCUGGAUGAUUGGCCUUCUGGUUUUGUCCGGGUCUAUUAUCUCAAGUGCGGUGUACUUCCUCUGGCGCGUUCUGCAGUUCCCUGAGAUCUCUAAUGUAGAUGCUGCUUUGAUCGGGGUGUCAAUCACAUGUGCGGUCAUCCUGUGCGCAUGGGGGAUUGGUAGUGGCCGUGGAAAUCCAGUGGAAAGCUCUCUCCUGUUCGCAUAUGUCGUACUGUGUAUCUACCAGAUAUUCACAGACUACCAACCGUCUCAUCCCGUCGAACAAAGUCCAUACCCCUCGCAAGCUGGAGACUUUCCCCCACUUCCACCGAUCAUCAUGGCCUCCUAUACUACUUUGCUACACGCACUGUCUCUUUUGCCUUCUAUUAUUCAUGCAACUUUCAAUGUGAUCACUGCUGUCUUUGGAGCCGUAACGCCAUCCGUCUUGAUUUCACUCGCAUACCGCAUCUGUGUGCUGUACGCAUCAACUCGGAUCAUCCCCGCUGUCCGUGAAUCAGGGGCACGUGCUCUCUCGCAAGAAGCUUCCUUGGAUGACUCCGACGCCGCUGGCCAGUUCCUGGGUCUCCUUAGCUAUUUUUCUCCGUCGAUAUUGAUUGCCGUUUAUACCAGCCUUUUGAUGCAGCAUUUCGCCUCGACCUCCCAAGCGAUGGGUGGCAACGGGGAGUGGUGGAGCAGUCAAAGGGGCGGCGGAGGCAAUCUUUGGCGAUGGGUUAACUUAGCUUGCACAAUGGCCCUGUACGCCGUGGAACUAUGGCUGGGCGAGAAUGAUGAUUUGGAUUCAGGACUAGCAAGCCAUUGGAAGACUGACUGA